UACGCACUGGCCUUUCUACCACGAUUACCGGAAACACCUGAUACGCGUGGUGUCCCCAAACCUUCCUACAACUAGAGACAUAAGGUAAAACCAUGGGCCAGGGAAUAUUAUACAUAUUGAUGCUCAUUUCCGUCAAUUUUUCCGCGGCGAACUUGUUCUACUCGACUUAUUCAAGCUUGCAAGAAAGAUCGAAAAGCGGUUUUCUGACUUUGAUAAAAGAGCGUAGGAAGGCGAUCGAGAUAUACCAGGAGUGUUCUUCGGGUUUGCAACUCGGACAGAAGAAACUGUUGAAACAGAAGAUCGAUUAUGAUUUGGACAACUUGCAAGAGGACAUGAACGAUAUGCGUUCGGAUAAGAAAACGGAAGACGAGGCGGAAAAGUUGUACAGAUUCUUAAGGGAGAACGACACGGCCCUAGACGAGUCUAUGAUCAAGUACGAAAUCUUAAUGGGCGACUUUGUACACUUCGACGGGACUUCGCUCCAAAGUGGUUUCGCCAAGUACGAAGCCCUCCUUGACAAAUUGUCGGCCAAUAUUGAAGAUGUCAUGACUGAAGCAGAUCUGACUACGCCGUAUUGGAAGAGGGUGGAAAAAUUCAUCACGAACCCUUUUAACUUCUUAGAAACUUUAACCAACGAAUGGGAUGCGAACGUGCAGGAACCAUGGUCCAUCAUUGAGAGAAAGCCAAACACAUGCCUGAAGGCCUUCAUCGUCAAACUUUUAACGAAAGCGAGUACGUUGCUUAAGUUCUACUACGCAUGCUCUGCCGUUCUGGGCAGAAAUGCACCAAUGAAGAAGGUCACGGAAAAGUUGCUUGAUUUUCUACAAGAAAGAACUGGCAGAAAAGAAUUGUACUUCCCGCUUCGUUAUGACAAUGACAUGGAACGUGCGUUGAUAAACUACGAACUGAUCUACUUCAAAUUAAAAAAAACACUUCAGAAUGUGGACGAUGAUAACGAACUCGACAUCCAGGACUCGAAGAUGUUGAUUGACUUUUUGAACGAUCCUUUUGAAAAUUCAGAUCCUCGUCCCGUGGCUUACAACGCCUAUCUAGAAAUCGCACGAUGUUAUAAAAUCGAAAUGGACGACAUUAUAAAACAGAAGGAAAGGUUGUCCUCUUCUUACCAAACCUGUCUCGCCCGAUUCGGCCCGAUGAAACAGGGAAGGAUGAGAUAUAAAAUUAAAUUAUACAUGAUGGAUUUUAAAAUGUACACGGAGAAAAUGAGGUUGGCGGGAAACCAUGAGAACGAUGUCCUUCUCAACUACUACGACAAGUACAUAGCAAAUCUGCCGGUCAAAGACUUGCAACAGGCUUUCUACAAGUACGAAAUAACGUUGAAAUUCUUCGCCAACACGCUUAUGACGACGGAGGAGAGGCUGGAAGAUCUGUCCACAAAAUAUUGGGCGAUAGUGAGAACAUUUCUCAUCGACACUUUUAACGUUAAAGGUAUAUUUUCUAAUGCGACGGGCACUGCUCUAGCUAAAAUGUCGGUGAGCGCAUCAAUGACAGAAGAACCACCCUCAAAAGAUGGACGGAUUUUGCAAGACGAUUUGGUCCAAGUGGUACCCUGGACGCGAGAAUUUGACGAAACUAUCGAAAUGUCCUAACAGGAAAGUGAAUUUUGGAAAAUCGUCAUGUACCUUGUCACCCGACCUUAAUCCAUUUGACUGUUUUUUAGUUCUAAAAAAUAAAUAAUUACU